AUGGCAACCACCGCGAUGAAUGUUAGCAUACUUCCACCAGAUGAAGAAGAACAGUUACUAGCCAAAUUUGUAUUCGGUGAUACAACAGAUUUACAAGAAAACCUCGCUAAAUUUAAUGCCGAUUUCAUUUUCAAUGAACAAGAAAUGGACAUUGAAGAUCAAGAAGAUGAAGGAUCUGAUUCAGACAAUAGCGAAGAUGGUGAAACACAGAACGGUGACUUGGACCACGUCAACAACGACCAGUUAUUUUUCGUGGAUGACGGUGAUAACGAAGGUAAUCAAGGUAAUAAUCAAGAUGCCAUGGAUGUAGAUGAUGAAGAUGACUCCUCAAGCGAAGAUUAUUCUGAUGAUGACGAAGAAGCUGCUUGGAUAGAUUCGGACGAUGAAAGAAUUAAGGUACCUAUUCUUGUUACCAAUAAGACAAAGAAAUUAAGAACAUCCUAUAACGAGUCUAAAAUUAACGGUGUUCACUAUAUCAACAGGUUGAGAUCUCAGUUCGAAAAAAUAUAUCCAAGACCUAAGUGGGUAGACGAUGAAUCUGAUUCUGAAAUAGAUGGCGAAGAAGACGAUGAAGAAGAAGGCCCUAAUAAUGUUAUCAAUGGAGAUAUCAAUGCACUAACGAAAAUCUUGUCUACCACUUACAAUUAUAAAGACACGGUAUCAACUUCCAGACUAUUACCCCCCAAUAAGCUUGACAUUGUGCGUCUUAGAGACGCAAAUGCAUCACACCCAUCCCAUUCCGCUAUACAAUCUCUUUCAUUCCAUCCUUAUAAACCUCUGCUGUUGACAGGUGGGUACGAUAAGACCCUGAGGAUAUAUCACAUUGACGGGAAAACCAACCAUCUAGUGACGAGUUUGCAUCUGGUCGGGUCUCCAAUUCAAACAUGUACUUUCUAUACUUCUCUUUCAGACCAAAAUCAACAAAACAUAUUCACCGCCGGUAGAAGAAGGUAUAUGCAUUCCUGGGAUUUGUCUUUACAAAAUUUAAAUCAUUCACAGACUGCCAAAAUUGAGAAAUUUUCUAGAUUGUAUGGACAUGAAUCCACUCAAAGGUCUUUUGAAAAUUUCAAAGUGGCACACUUGCAGAAUGCGCAAACCAAUUCUGUUCAUGGAAUCAUCCUUCUACAAGGUAAUAAUGGUUGGGUCAACAUUUUACAUUCUACGUCCGGACUAUGGUUAAUGGGCUGCAAGAUAGAAGGUGUGAUAACUGAUUUUUGUGUCGAUUAUCAACCUAUUUCACGCGGUAAGUUUAGGACCAUUUUAAUCGCUGUAAACACGUAUGGUGAAGUAUGGGAGUUUGACUUGAACAAGAAAGGCCAUGUUAUAAGAAGAUGGAAGGACCAAGGUGGUGUAGGUAUAACAAAAAUCCAAGUCGGUGGUGGCACAACAGCUAUUUCGCCAGCUCGUCAAAUAAGCAAGAUAAAACAAAAUAGAUGGCUUGCGGUAGGUAGCGAGAGUGGGUUUGUUAAUCUUUACGACAGAAACAAUACUGUGACUUCGUCAACCCCUACACCAGUCGCCGCUUUGGACCAGCUAACAACUACCAUUUCGAAUUUACAAUUUUCCCCUGACGGUCAAAUACUAUGCAUGGCAUCUCGUGCAGUCAAAGAUGCUUUGAGAUUGGUCCAUUUACCCUCUUGUAGCGUGUUCAGCAACUGGCCCACUAGCGGUACACCCCUGGGUAAAGUUACCAGUGUCACAUUUUCACCAUCAGGUGGGCUACUGACCGUGGGUAACGAACAGGGUAAAGUUAGGCUCUGGAAAUUAAACCACUACUGA